CUUCCCUAGAGCAGUUCUUUGCUUUUUCAAGAAACAAACAGAUGAAAAUCCAGGGCUGGGACUUCCUCCUUGGAGAGUUUGACAAGGACUGACGUACUGGAGCUCUUUGAAUCCCGGAAAUCCAAGACACACACCCAACCUUGAUUGCAGCCUGCAAAGGCUGUCUGCUGGGUCACCGGUGAAAAGACUGAAGCAAAAUACCUAUCAACAUGAGGGACCCACUGACAGAGUGUUCGUAUAAUAAAGUGUACAAGAACCUAAAGGAGUUUUCUCAAAAUGGAGAGAAUUUCUGCAAGCAGGUCACAACUAUUCUUCAGCAAAGGGCCAACUUGGAGAUGAACUAUGCCAAAGGACUCCAGAAACUGGCAAUUAAGUUGAGUAAAGCAUUACAGAACACAAAGAGAAACUGUCUCGUCAGUGCUUGGGGCUGGGUCUCAGAAGGAAUGAAAUCAGCAGCCGAUCUGCAUCAAAAACUUGGCAAGGCAAUUGAGUUGGAAGCAAUAAAACCAACUCAUCAAGUCCUGAGUGUACAUGAGAAGAAGAGAAAAUCACUUGAUAAUGAAGUUGAAAAAACAGCAAAUCUUGUUAUUAGUAACUGGAACGAACAAAUUAAGGCUAAGAAGAAAUUAAUGGCGAGUACCAAGAAGCAUGAAGCACUUUUCCAUCUUGUGGAAAGCUCCAAGCAAACAGUGACUGCGAAGGAGAAACAAAAGCUCCUCAAUAAACUGAAAAAAUCAACUGAGAAGCUGUCAAAAGAAGAUGAAAGCUACUACCAAAAAAAUGUGGCUGGGUGUUCUACCAGGCUGAAAUGGGAAAAAACACUAGAAAAUUGUUACCAGAGCAUCCUGGAGCUGGAGAAGGAAAGGAUUCAAUUAUUAUGUAAUAACUUGCACCAAUACUCCCAAAAUGUUUCUAUUUUUGGCCAAACCCUGAACACAUGCCAUGCACAGAUUCACUGUGCCAUCAGCAAGAUAGAUGUUGAAAAAGAUAUCCAAGAGCUAAUGGAAGAAAAGGCAGUUUCAUCGAUAGAAAAUAAAUCAGUUUUUCUGCUAACUGAUUACUUUGAAGAAGAUCUUAACAAUACCAUGACUACAGAGCGACAACAGUCUUCCAUAAAAUCAAAACUGCUGAGAUUACAAAGUGACAUUGAGAAAGUCUUACGAGACCAGGAAGGUCUGGAACAAAUGCUGAAAGCCUACUCUAGUAACAACUUCUUCUCAGAUGCAGACAGCCAGAAAAUCACAGCAGCUUUAAUGGAUGAGACCAAUCUGAAACUAGACCUUUUGCAAGCAAAUUCUUAUAAACUGUCAUUAGUGUUAGCUGAACUAGAGCACAGACCCAAACCGAGCCAUUCCUGUAGUACCCGCAUCUUCAAGUGGAAAGAAAAGCAACAGACACAUAGCUAUUUAAAACUCUCGAGGCCUUUUUUGAUGAAGAGACUGGAAAAUGUUGUGAGGAGAGCAUCUUCUGAUGGGCAAAGCAACCCAUGUUCUUCUGCUUCCGUCUCCAGCAUGGUUCAGCUUGGCAAUGGUCUUUGCAAAGCUUUAUAUUCAUUUCAAGCCAGACAAGAUGAUGAAUUGAAUUUAAAUAAAGGGGACAUUGUAACUAUAUACAAGAAAAAAGAUGAAGGAUGGUGGUUUGGAUCUUUAAACGGAAAGAAAGGCCAUUUUCCAGCUGCAUAUGUGGAAGAGCUUCCUUCAGAUGCUAGGAAUGCCACAGCACAAGCAUCAGGCGAGGUUCCGAGCAUGGCUUUACGUUCUCUGUAAUUCGUCCUCUGCAUAGCAGUGCAACUGAAGAACCGUUCACAAGUUCCCUUCUCAGUGUACUGUGGAGCCCUUCCUGUACGCCACAACACUGAACUCACAAUGAUUUGACUGAAAUAGAGAAGAGCAGAAAGAUGGAGGCCGGAAAGGGCUUAGCAGGAGGUUCUUGGAAUUUUCAUUUUCUACAAAGCCAUAGAUAUGAUGGCUUAAUGCAGUUGCUGGUUUUCUAGGGAGGGAGUGAGCAGAGGCAGGAAGAGGAAAAAGGAGAGAGAAGGACUAAGUUUAGGGCAAGUUCAAUUCUUUGAAGUAUAAAAGUUUUCUGAUAGCAAAAACAGUGGUUAUAUUUAAACAUUCUUUUGCUCUGCAAUGAAUGGUGUGACAACAGGCCACAGUACGUAUAUGAGAUCAAGGAGAGCAUAGGAGGUAAGCAAUGACAGAUGAAUUUCCAAAAUUAGCUCUUGGCAGAGACAGGUAGGAAAGCUACCAGGGAGAUA